CUAGGACUUGAUUUUGUUAUUGGAAGUUUCGUGACUUGGCUGCAUUUUGAGAAACAGUUAGUACUUCCGGUGUGCUUGUCUUUCUGACGUGCCAAUGCACAUACCAAAUAUCUCAUUUUUAUGUAUGAUCAUGCCAUGACUAGCAAGAAGAGAAAUCAGGGCAAGGAUCGGAACUUUCUUUUCCUUGCUAGUGUUUUUGCUUUCACGGUUCUUCAGUGGAAUCAGGGCAAGGACUGGAUUCUAUCCCUAGAACGAAAAAGAAACUCGUCUUUAAGCAAAGUAUAGCGGUGCUGUAAAGUAACUUCAAAAAGGCUAGCAACAGAUGCAUAUGAAAUAUUAUAUAUAAGCCAAUAAAUUUCACGGAUCCUCUCAUCAGUCUCUUUACUUCGCAAAUGGCUAAUCCUGCAUCUGAUGAUCUACAGGGAGCAAAGAGAACGGUGUCAGAAGCUCCACCAGCUCAGUAUGUGGUCAAAAUACAAUCAUACUCAUCUCUCUCAAUGAACUCCGUGGACAAGUAUGAGUCGGGGGUCUUCCCAGCUGGGGGCUACAAAUGGAAGCUGGUUCUUUACCCAAAUGGGAACAAGAGCAAGAACGUGAAAGAGCAUGUUUCGCUUUACCUGUCAAUGGCAGAAACAAGCUCACUCCCCUCAGGUUGGGAAGUUCAUGCUUUGGUUAAAUUCUUUCUGCUUGACCAAGACAAAGACAGUUACUUGACAAUCCAAGAUGCCGUGAGAAAGGAAUGGCGCUUUCACGGGAUGAAGCUCGAAUGUGGCUUCGACCAAUUCAUACCUCUGAAGAUGUUUAACAAUGCGCAGAACGGAUAUCUCAUGGACGAUACUUGUGUGUUCGGUGCGGAAGUUUUCGUCACGAGGGAAAAGAGCACCGGCCAAGGAGAGAACCUGUCGAUGAUAAAGGACGCAAUCAGUCAGAAGCACGUGUGGGAGGUCGAAAACUUCUUACAAAUGGACGAGAAAUUCUACGACUCGAAAGUAUUCAUAGCCGGAAACCAGAAAUGGAAAAUACGGCUCUAUCCGGACGGGUCGGGAAUUGGACUUGGAGGUUUCGUCUCACUGUUUUUAAUUUCCGCUAACGAAGACACCGAUCCUCCUGGUACUAAAGUAUUUACAGGCUUCUCGCUGCGCAUCAUGGAUCAGCUUCAAGGAAAUAAUUACUUUCGAAAUGCUAACGCCUGGUGCAGCGCCUCGAUCAACUGGGGUUGGGACAGAUUCAUGUCGCACGCCAACUUACGUUCUCCGAACAGAGGCUAUUUGGUGAGGGACACUUGCGUGGUCGAAGCAGAGGUCACUGUCCUCGGGGUGGUGAAUGCGCUGUGA